AUGAUUAGCUUUACAGAACUCUCUGAAAUCAACCAGCAGAGUAGCGAACGUUCUGAGGAAAUUCGAGCCGUUGAUGAAGCAGAAGUUCAAGUAAUUCCGGGUUGCUCAAUAUGUAUUGAACAUUCACACCGGCUAGUUGCUAAUGUAACUCUUCGGUUACACCAGCUCACAGCUACAGAACUGCCACAAGACUCAACAGAACGCGGGAAAGAGUUGGAAAAUUGGAUGUCAAACUGA